UGAUUUAUUGUGACACUCAAUGUUCUUGAUUGAGGCUAGAAGAUCUAAAUCAUCCUCGACCAAACAUGGAGUGUUUUUCAGAUGAAUUUGAGGAAGAACUACUCUAAACAAUUCACUCCUUCUGCAUACCCCUCAAAUUCUUCACACAAUCACAGGCCUUUUUGGUUCCCAACAAUGGCUUCCACAAGCACAAACACUGCAUCAUCCUCUUCUACCCCUACCCCUAAAUCAAAAUACGAUGUAUUCUUGAGCUUCCGAGGGGAAGACGUUCGCAAGAACUUUGUAGACCAUCUGUUUGCUGCUUUGUCUCGGAGUGGAAUCUACACCUUCAAAGAUGACGAACAACUUAGAAGAGGGGAAGAAAUUUCACCCGCACUCUUGAAAGCAAUCGAAGAAUCGAGUAUCGCUCUCAUCGUGUUCUCCAAACGCUAUGCUUCCUCCAAGUGGUGUUUGGAUGAACUGGUGAAAAUCAUUGAAUGCAAGGAGAAGAUGGGGCAAACAGUUGUUCCAAUCUUCUAUGAUGUGGAUCCUUCGCAAGUGCGGAAACAAACAGGGAGCUUUGCAGCAGCUUUUAGAAAACAUGAAGAAGAUUUGAGUGGGAAGAUGCAGGAGAAGGUGCAAAGAUGGAAGACAGCUCUUGAAGAAGCAGCCAAUAUAGCCGGACAUAAUCUACAGGAUACUGCAAAUGGGCAUGAGGCAAGAUUUAUCCAACAAAUUAUUGAAGAUAUUUUCAGCAAACUGAACCAUUUAAUUCCAAUUGUUGCUGAUGAUCUGAUUGGGAUAGAGUCCAGUGUGGAGGAAGUGAAAUCAUUGUUACAUAUGGAGUUGAAUGAUGUUCGCUCUGUAGGUCUAUGGGGAAUGGGGGGCAUAGGAAAGACGACUAUUGCCCAAGCUGUUUUUGAUCGGAUUUCCCAACAGUUUGACGGUAGAUGCUUUCUUGCAAAUGUUAGAGAAAUCUCAAAAAAGAAAGGUUUGGAAGCUUUACAGAAACGACUACUUUCAGAUAUCUUAUAUCAAAGUAAUAUAAAGAUUACAUCUGUUGGUGGAGAACUAAAUAUGAUAAAGAACAUGCUGUGUCGCAGACGAGUUCUUCUUGUUGUUGAUGAUGUGGAUCAACUAGAACAACUACAAGUGUUCGCAAAGGUUGAUUGGUUUGGUUCUGGGAGUAGAAUCAUCAUAACUACAAGAGAUGAACAUCUGCUUACCACUCAUGGAGUGACUAAAAUAUACAAUGUGAAGGCAUUGGAAAGUGGUGAAGCUCUUCAGCUCCUUUCUUGGAAAGCUUUUAAUCAAAGAUUUCCUUCUGAAGGUUAUUUGGAGCUCUCAAACCAGGUAGUAGAUUAUGCCCGUGGGCUUCCAUUAGCCCUUAUAAUUUUGGGUUCUUUUCUAUAUGGUAGAACAACUCAUGAAUGGAAAAGCACAUUGAGUAAGCUGCUCACAAUUCCUAACAAAGAAAUUAUUCAAGUGCUUAAAAUCAGUUUCGACGGACUAGAUGAAAUGCAGAAGGAAAUUUUCCUUGAUAUUGCAUGUUUCUACAAAGGGGAAGACAAGAGUUAUGUAGAAAGAAUACUCGAGAGUUGCGGCUUCUUCCCAGGGAUUGAAAUGCCUGUUCUUAUAGAAAAGUCUCUCAUAAAUGUUUCGGAAAAUAGGCUUUGUAUGCAUGAUUUGAUACAAAAAAUGGGUUGGUAUAUUGUUGAUCAAGAAUCUCCUGAGGAACCUGGAAAACGUAGCAGGUUGUGGCGCCCUAUGGAUAUUCGUUUAGUGUUGGCAGGAAAUACGGGGGCAGAAAAAGUUAAAGGCAUAGUCUUGAAACUCUUUGAACUGGAAGAUAUUGACUGCAGUACGGAAGCCUUCACAAAGAUGACCAAAUUAAGGGUGCUCAUAUUGCACAAUGUGUUGUUUUCUCAUGGUCCUGCACAUCUUUCAAAUGAGUUGAGGUGGCUUGAUUGGCAUGCAUACCCUUCAAGCUAUCUGCCAGCAAGUUUUCGGGCAGAGAAUCUUGUUGAACUCAAAAUGUGUUAUAGCCGCAUUGUAGGACUUUGGAAGGAAAUAAAGCCUCUACCCAAGUUGGAAGUCAUCAACCUCAGUCACUCCCAUCGGCUAUCCAGGACCCUAGACUUCACAGACGUUCCAAAGCUGACGAAACUGGAUUUUGAGGACUGUAUUAGUUUGGAAGAGGUUCACCCAUCCCUCGGAGCUCUCAAGAGGCUUGUUUUAUUAAAUUUGAGAGACUGCGCAAAUCUUAAGAAAUUUCCAAGCAAUAUUCACUCGAUAUAUCUCGAGACUUUUAUUCUAUCAGGUUGCUUGAAAUUAAAAGAGUUUCCAAAAUUUGUGGGGGAUAUGGUAUGUUUAUCAGAACUUUAUUUGGAUAGGAGUGCCAUAAAAGAAUUGCCUUCGUCAUCAAUUGAACAUCUCACUAGCCUUACUUCGAUGGAUUUGAGUGAAUGCAAAAACCUUUCAAGUCUUCCGGAAACCAUUUGUGGGUUGAGCUGUCUGAAAACUCUCGAACUCUCUGGCUGCUCAAAACUUAAGGAAUUGCCAGAAGGACUGGGAAAUUUAAAAUGUUUAGUGGAGCUUCGUGCAAAUAAAACUGGUAUCAAACGACUACCAUCCUCCAUUACUCUUUUGAAAGAGCUCAAAGUCUUAUCCCUUAGUGGAUGCAGGGGAACAAUGUUGACUCAGUCACCCUUUUGGUUUUUACCAAGGAAACGUGAAGAUUCUCUGUGUUUGGUGCUUCCUUCUUUAGCAGGUCUAUAUUCCUUAACAAAACUUGAUCUUAGUGAUUGCAAUCUGUCUGAAGGAGGGAUCCCCAGCGACCUUGGCAGCUUAUCCUCUUUGAUAGAGUUGAAUUUAAGCAGAAACAAUUUUGUUAGUUUACCAGCAAGCAUCUCCCAACUUUCUCGACUUCUAAGGCUUCAUGUAGAAGGCUGCAAGAGGCUAAAAGCAUUACCAGAGUUUCCAUCAAGUCUUUCUAAAUUAUUUGCAAAGGAUUGCCAAUCAUUAAUAAGCGUUGGAGAUCUGUAUACAAAGUAUGAUAAAUCACUGUGCUUCGCUACAUUCGGAAAUUGCUCUAAGCUGUUACAGAAUAAAGGGAGUGAAAAGGGGGUUGAUAUGUUGCUGAUAUAUGCGCGGCAAUUUGCGAUUGAGAGAAUGCCUCAUAUGGCGUCUGGUUUGAAUAUUAUUUUGCCGGGAAGAGAGAUUCCAGAGUGGUUCGGACAUAGGUCUUGGAAUAUUAAAGCAUCUGUGCAACUGCCUCCAGAUUGGUAUAAGGAGAGAAUUUUGGGGAUUGCCGUGUGUGUUUUUAUUGACUUCCCUACUGAAUGUGAUUUUGUUCGUAUCAAGCUCCAGUUCAUAAACCAUGAAAAUAAAUCAUAUCUUAGUGCCUUGAAACGUUGUGCGACCCCAGCUACAAACUUUGAUUUUGGACAUGUGUGGCUGACAUUUUUUUCAAAUCGUGACAUUUCGCUUCCUCCCCGUAAGAAUCUAAAUGAAUUUGGCAAAUUUGAGGUUGUCCAAUAUGGGCUUACUUCAUUAGAUCCACCUGAGAUGGGGCCAGAAAGGGAGUGGGGAGUGCGUCUAGUGUACGAGAAAGAUGUGAUAAAUUGGAAGGAUGAUGGGUUUGAUGAAUUAAAUGGAAGUGCUUGCUCUCAUGGUGAAAGCUAUAACUUUUCUAAUUACUUUUUUCUCCGGAAUGAGAUCACGCUAUAUAGAGCACAAUGUAAGGGAAGUGCCUGCUCUGACUCUCAUGAAGCACAAGGCAAUGGAAGUGACUGCUCGGACUCUGAUGGUGAUGAUGAAGCACUGGCCGGUGGAAAUGUCUGCUGUGUCUCUUGACUCUGAUGAUGACUAUGAUGAGGAUGAAGCACUAGCCAGUGGAAGUGGCUGCUCUCAAUCUGAUGGUGACUAUGACAACGAUGAAGCACAAGGCAACGGAAGUGUCUGCUCUGACUCUGACAAUGAUUAUGAUCACGAUGAAGCACUAGCCAGUGGAAGUGGCUGCUCACACUAUGACGAUGAUGACUAUGACCACAAAGAUGAAGCACAAGACAAUGGAAGUGUCUGCUCUGACUCUGAUUCUGAUUCUGAUGAUGAUGAUGAAAGCCCACACGCUAGCAGAGAUGAACUUUUUUAUGUAUUUCUUUGACUGGCUUCUUCUGAUGUGAGUUUUUAUUUUAUUUUAUUUUUUUUAAUUUAUAAAAGUUGAUUCCGGAUGACAUGUUUUUCAAAUAGUCAAAUUUGGCUUCCUCGGUAAGAAUCUAAAUGAAUUAUGCAAAUUUGAGGUUUACCAAGAUGGCGGAUACAAGGCAAGGUAGUGGGGAGUCCGUCUAGAGUACGAGAAAGAUGUGAUUAGUUGGAAGCAUGGGUUUGAUGAAUUAAAUGGAAGUGCCCCACCAAGUUAUCACGGUUCUGAUUACUAUAGCCCCCAGCUACGAUCUCGCUAUAUAGAGCACAAUGCAAUGGAAGUGGCUGCUCUCACUCUAAUGACGCUAGCAGAGAUGAAUUCAGGGGGUUGAUCUAUGAGGAGGCAAGUUGUUGCAAUGGAUGUGGCGUUGAACAGGUAGGGGAGAACUCUUUUUGGGUUUGUUGGUUGACUUUUUGGGUUUUGAUUUGCUGCCAUUUAUGUGGGUUUUAAGGUGAUUAGUGAUUGAUGGUUUGAGUGAUUAAUUUUUGGGUUUGGAUUUGGAUUUGCUGCCAUGGAUUUGGGUUUUUAGGUGAUUAAUGAUUAAUUGUUUGAAUGAUUAUUUUUGGUUUUCAAUUUGGAUUUGCUGCCAUGGAUGUGGACUUUUUUGUGAUUUGAUAAGCGCUGAAUAUUGCUCUUAAACGUGCAUAUGUUAAUGUCUUAAUAAUUGUUAUAUUUCGGUUCUUAUGUUUGUUUUUAUUUAUUUGUGUUUUUGUAAUUAGGCCGCCUCAAAUAUUUAUAAGAUAACUUUUUUUUUUUCCUCCUUUAUCUCUCCACCUUGUUCCUGGGAUUUUUACUAAUACAUGGGCUUAAGGCUCAAAUACUAUCAUAAGAUGAAGUCAACUUCUUAAUUUAUCAAGAAAAUGAG